GUAGCAAUCAAGUUCUAUGAUUGACGUCGGAUGAAAUCCACCCAGGGAUGUCAAAACCGCACUGUAAGUUUGGUCUUUAUCAGAAGCAGUGCAUUCCGGCCGGUGAUGGAAGACGGCGCUAUGCCAAUCUGUCCGGGCCCGUUUGGGUUUCGGGCGCUAGUCGCACGGGAUCAGUCGGGCUCUUCAACAGUGCUUGCGCGGAGCGGUCCGCCGAGUCUGGGCACUAAUCCACCGAAUUCCAAGGCAGAGAGACGUACGUCUAUACAAUGAAUCAGCCAUCGACAGACACAAAGUAAGUGACCGCAAGAACUCGGCCGAAAAAAAAGAAGAAAAUUGGGGCUCUGUAUUAUUACAUCAUGGUCAAUUAGAGCCAGUUCGAUAUCAACAUGGAUGUUUGGCAAAUGCAGGUACAGAAACAUCGGAACGGUGCUAACUUAUCUCCUGGUUACCCCGACUUGGGAAGAGAGGACUUCACAGAGAAAUCCCGAUUACACUUUAAAUUCUAAGGCUUUUUUUACUCUUUCUUUUUUCCUCUCUUCUCUCUUUUUUUUUGUAAACAAUCUAAUCUUCUCCUCCUCAUCUGCCGUGGACUUGGCCUCCUCUUCUUUGCUACCCCAAUCUAGAGCCGAAUGAAUCUAACAAGCAUUUAUAUGACCGUGUCUCGGCACCAAUCCUCGGCAAUGAGAUACAAAAACAUUCAGGGGCACACAUAGUUCGAAGCUCGUCUCAAGUUCACCGAAGGGCGUAUUUGGGUGCAUGACGAAGUAAUUCCAUAUUGUUUGCUAUAAUGCAUCUUGACGGAACCUCACAAGAAACGAUUACAUACUUCACUGUCCUCGCUUAUUUCGAGCCUUUUCGAUACGAAAAGCUGGCGGCACGGGUAACAGCCGAAUCCUCGAGACGUAUCAUCGACGCCAUGGAGAUGGGCUUUUCUGUGCCCUUAUGCACCGCUUGCACCGCUUUGUCUUGCCAAGGCAUGCACCCCGAACAUAGUCGUGUCUAUAAGAGCAUCAGCUGGGGGCUGGCAAAGUAUACGCCGAGCCUUGACAGCACAGCACUGAGGCGCAUUGCACAACGCCAACAAGUUGAGGCGGUCGAAUCUUUCGUCUUCCAUUACAGUAUCCUCUUCAGCAACAUCUUCGGCCAGAGCGUCGUGCUGCCUUGA